CAUCCAAAAGCAGACACCACUCAAAAGGAAUGAAGAUUGUGGGCAUUGUCCUGUGUAUGAUAGGAUGGAUCUUAGCUGUUGUCACCUGUGUUCUGCCUAUGUGGAGAGUCACAGCUUUUAUUGGAGCUAACAUAUUCACAGCCCCGUUCAUCUGGGAAGGCCUCUGGAUGAGCUGUGUUGUACAGAGCUCUGGACUGAUGCAGUGUAAGGUCUACGACUCCAUACUGGCUCUGUCUUCAGACCUGCAGGCAGCCCGAGCCAUGACUGUCAUGUCCAUCAUCACAGCUCUGCUGGCUUUGGCACUGUCCAUUAUGAGCCUAAAGUGCACCACCUGCAUAAAGGGCAAGGCAUCAAAGAUGGGAGUCAUAAUAAUCUCUGGGGUCUUCUUCAUUAUUGCUGGUAUCCUGAUGCUCAUCCCUGUGUCCUGGUCAACCAACACCAUCAUCCAGGACUUCUACAAUCCCAUGAUAGCCCCAUCAUCGCAGCGCAGAGAACUUGGAGCAGCACUCUACAUUGGCGUUACAGCUGCUGCUCUCCUCAUUCUUGGGGGAGGCCUGCUAUGCUGCCACUGCAUCACACAGAAGAAGAAGUAA